UCCAUCCUUUGUGCCAUGUGAAUGUGGAAUAUAUAUUCCAAAUGUAAUCAUUUCAGUAAGGCAGAGAUACGAUGGGGGUAGAAACAUUAUUUCUUAUGAAGUCUGUGAUUCAACAUUCAAUCCCUCAGUGUCUGGAGACUCAAGUCAGAAGAAUUAUAGUCCAAAUUAUUGUCCCACAAAUACUUACAAGAAGACGAUAUCUUAUCCAGCUGUUGGGAACACAGAAGACUGGUCCAGUACACUUUUAUCAGGAAGAAUGUAUGCUGUGCAGUAUGAAACAACAUCUAAUACCAUACCAACGUUUACAAUGUCAACAUACACAGCCUCCAUACCAGACCACACCCCAAUAGAUAGCAGUAUAAUGGAUUUCUUCUUCACUGAUGCUGACUAUGGAGAUUACUAUAGGUUGAUUGUACCAGAUGAUGGACACUCAUACUUCUACUUUGACUCAAAUGAAGAGUCUGUCCAUGUAAAAACAAGCCUGUAUCAUUAUGUGGGCACUCACCAGAAAGUGAGCACAUUUACAGUAAAGGCUCAGGAUUCCUGCUACAACAGUGUUUCAGGAACUGUAACCAUAACAACAUAUAAUGUGGGACCAGAUUAUCCAGACUUGCCUGCUUCUGUAACUGUUGAUGAUGUUGAUACUGGUACCCUGUAUACAUUUACUGUUACUGAUCCCUCAGGAGAUGAUACAACAUGUAAACUAGAGACAACCAGUCCUGCAACCUCUUUGUUUUAUGUCAGUGGAUAUUCUCUGAUGUUGAAUAGUGGAUCUACACUUACUGGAGAGAGCUAUGAGAUCACUAUUGCUUGUACAGAUGGUACAGAUUAUACAGAAGCAACAUUUACACUGAAUAUUCGUAGGAAUGAAACAGAAAUAGGAGAACCACAAUUAUACUACUACAGUACGUUUACUGAGGGGGAUGUAGCUACUUUAUCAUGUGACAGUGAGAUCCAAUUAGGACUUUACAGCUAUACAGAUUAUGUGAAGCCAGAUGAACCAUACAUUGUUAUAGAUGAAGUACAAUAUGCCUACUUCUGGUGUAAAAGUACAGAUAGAUAUGGUAUAGAAGGUCUCUGUGCCAAUGAAACAGAAUGUACAUUUGAUGUCACUAAUGCAAAUGUUGGUAGUUCAUGUGGUCAGCCAUAUAAUUUGGGAGAUAAUGGAGUAGCUGGAUUGUUUAUGACAUGGCAUUGUGUCCGAGAUGGAGCGUGGACGACCUGGUCAGAAUGGGGUGACUGUGACAGAACUUGUGCUGGUGGAUAUCAACAGAGAACCAGAUCAUGUACAAACCCUUCACCAAAUUACCACAGUAAAAACAAAGUGUGUGAAGACAGUAGAGAUUAUGAGAAACAACGAUGUAAUACACAACACUGCACAUAUUCUGGUACUGCUUGUAGAAAUGAGAAUUUUGAAGCCUAUUGCUAUGAUUACAAUACAUAUGGAAGGGUUUCUAUAACAAGUGCUUCAUGGACAGAGGGCUGUGGUUGGAUGUAUAACACUAAUACACCGUCCAGUCAAAAUGUAUUGUCAGCUUUAUCAGGACAUUGUAGUAAUUACGUGAAGUGUAAUCCAGUUGUAAAUGAUGGGAACAUUGGAAGCUGUACUUCUGCUACUACUUACUGGGGAAUUUCUUACACAUACCCAGACACUUACUGGUGUAAUCAGUACGGAUGGUAUUCUUGUUCAACAACAUCCUCAUCAAGGAACCAUCUCCAAUCUUACUCGAUCUGUGGCAAACUCCAUUGGGAAUACUCUUGUAUAACACCACAAUGGGCCUCAUGGUCAGAAUGGUCUUCCUGUUCAGUUUCAUGUGGUCAAGGAACUCAAACAAGGACAAGAUCAUGUGAAAAUGAAUACACAACCAGAGAUGGAGCAUUAAGAACAUGUGCUCAAACAGGAUCAGAAUUGCAGAGUUUAGAAUCUAGAGACUGUCUGUUCAAUGGAACACACCCAUACUGCACAUAUUGUGAAAGUAAAACAUAUAAUUACAAAGAAAUCAGUUCUUUCUCUAAUUACAUAUCCAAUACAGAGUCAGGAAACACCUAUAUCUUAGAAAGUCCAGUACAUAUAGUCAGAUGCUGUGGAGUGAUACAUUACUGGGAGUUCUAUCCAGUUGAUUUAGGAUGGUUAUAUUUCAUUGUGUGGAGGCGAUCUGGAGAAGAUUUUGAAAAUAAAAGGGAAAUUGUUGGAUUUAAUACAUUUAAUGUUGACAAUACUUCCAUGCUUCAUGAUGUUUACACAUAUGAGGUACCUAGUAACCAAAGAAUAGCUAUCACCGAUGGAGAUAUGAUUGGAUGGUGGGAUCCAAACAAUGUUAUACCCUAUGAGACCUGUGAUUCAUCCUACAAUCCAUCCACUGACAGUCACCAUGACUACAGAAUUAACCUUUGCCCUACCCGUACAUUGGUUACAACAAAGAACUCAUUUAGUGUUGGCCAAGAAGUAGACUUUACCACAAGUCCAACUGUAAUUACAGAAAAAGUAUUUGCAGUCCAGUAUAUUACAACUCCAAAUAGAGCACCAUAUUGGACAACAAAUACAAGGACCUAUAGAUCAGAUGACAGAGCUAUAGAUACAACAGCUAGCUAUUUCUAUUUUACUGAUGAUGAUGCCGGAGAUUUUUAUACUUACUAUGAUAUGCCUUACAGUGAUCCAUACUUUUAUUUUGAUACAUCACGCGGAUAUUUACGUGUGAAGUCAACAUUUCCACAUGAAGUAGGAACAACUUAUCAUAGUUAUAUAGUGACUAUAUCUACACAAGAUUCUUGUUAUAACAGAGCCACUGGAACUGUUACUAUAUCAACAUAUAAUGAGGCUCCAGAAUUCCCAGAUUUACCUGCCACAGUAGAACUAUCUGAGAACAGAACAGGUGGAGAAGUUUACACUUUUACUAUUAAUGACCCAGAAGGAGAUGUAUAUACACAUAGUAUAUUUAGAAUUACACCAAGUACAGAUAUAUUCUAUCUAGAUGAUCAUACUGUGAUGCAGAAAGAUGGAGCAAUACUAAAUACAGAUACGCUGGCCAGUUCCUACGAAAUAAAGAUGAAAGCUUAUGAUGGCAGUAAUACAAGAUAUGGUUACAUCUAUGUCAAUAUACUGAGACAAACUCGUAUACCAAUGACAAUCUAUUACUAUGAUCAGUUGGAAGGAAACACAGCCUCGAUAUCUUGUAAUGGAGAGAAGACAACUUACUAUACUUACACUGAUUUUGUUUCUCCUCCAGACCCUUACAUCAAAAUCAUUGAUGUUCGAUACACAUACAGAGAUUGUAAUCACACUGAUAUUCGUGGAGUGGCUGAUCAGUGUGAAAAUAAGACAUCUUGUUCAUUUCCAGUGACAAAUGCCAAUGUUGGAAGUUCUUGUGGGACUAAUGGACAGGGAGGCUUAUACUUUACCUAUAUUUGUAUCAAGGAUGGAGCUUGGACAUCUUGGUCAGAUUGGGGUGGUUGUGACAGAUCAUGUGAUGGUGGUAUUCAGAUUCGUACCAGAACUUGUACCAAUCCAUCUCCAAAUGAUCAUAGUAAAAACCAAAUCUGCAAGGACAACAGAGAAUAUCAAUCACAAGAAUGUAAUACCAACAGUUGUACAUAUACAGGGAGCACCUGUAAAAAUGACAACUGGCAACCAGUAUGCACAAGUUUUGAUACUAAUGGAUCCCUUGAGAUUACUCAAGGUACAUGGAGCUAUGGAUGUGAAUGGUCCUAUAAUCAUGCUAAUCCUUGGAUGAAUCUUAAGACUACUGUCUCAGGUUACUGUGACAAUAAUUGGAAAUGUGAAGUUCCAAUUUUAGAGAGUAGCUUAGCCACCUGCUACACAAACACAUCUUCCACAACAGAGUUUGAGUACACUGAUACAUAUGUGUGCCAUGAUAAAGGCUGGUACACUUGUACUAAACUGUUGCCGUCAUACAAGCCUGAGCAGUAUUAUUCUAUCUGUGGAGCAUUGUAUUGGGGCUAUACCUGUCACAUACCUCAGUGGGCUCAAUGGAGUGAAUGGUCGUCCUGUUCAGUUACAUGUGGAAGAGGCGAUCAAUCCAGGACAAGGACAUGUAAGAAUGAAGUAACAACAGAUGAUGGAUAUUUCCAGACAUGUGCCCAGGAGAAUUCAGAACUACAGAGUAGUGAAGAUAGAGACUGUAUCAUGGAUGGUACACAACCUUUUUGUACAUAUUGUGAAGAGAACACCUUUAAUUACCAGGAUGUAUCAACUUUGUCUCCUGUCGCUGAUACAAUGCCAGGAAAUGCACUCCUUCUGGAAAGUGACAUCCACAUUAUCACUUGCUGUGGUUUGAUAAAAGACUGGACGAUCUACCCAGUCAAUACUGGUACCCUGAAAUUCAUUGUAUGGAGACCAGUAGAAUGGAGUAGAGAGAAGUGGAACCAAGCAGGAGUAUAUGAUUACAAAGAUUUGAGAAAAGUUGUUGGUAUAAACACAGUAGAAAUUACAGGUGCUGAUUUGAACAAAGUGUUUACAUACACACCUCCUGUAGAAGAGCGUAUUGCUGUUGUAGCUGGGGAUCGCAUAGGAAUUUUUGAUGAUGGAGGAAACAUUAUUGGACUAGAUUCCUGUGAUUCCUCUUUUAAUCCUUCUACUGAUGAUAAUAUAGACUAUCGUAUAAACUAUUGUCCAGAUAUGACAUAUAAAACAACCAUUGAAGAUCCCAUGGAUGGUGAUAUUGUAGAAUGGUCAGGAACACCAGUCUCAGAUACUAUUUAUGCUAUUGAAUUUACCACUACUACAAACACGGAACCAGAUUUUGUGAUGAGUGAGCUCAGUGUUAGAGUAGAGGAUCACAGGGCUAUAGAUAUGUUUGUUAUGAACUUCUACUUCAAUGACUCAGACUACAGUGAUAGAUUCCUGGAUAUUCAGCCAGAGUAUGAUUCUGAUGACUAUUUUUAUCUUGAUACACAAGCAGAUUCUAUCCAUGUAAAAGCCACAUUGCCUCAUACCGUUGGAACACAUGAGGUGGAACAUACAUAUGUUGUUUGGGCUGAGGAUUCCUGCUACAACAGGGUAACAGGAACUGUUACUAUAACAACAUAUAAUGUGCCUCCAGAUUUCCCAAACCUACCAGAGAGUGUAUAUAUAGAUGAUAUCCAAACAGGAGGAUUAUAUACUUUUGAAUAUAUAGAUUAUUCCAAUGGUGGUGAUCCUAUAAGUUGUGAUAUAUCUAGUACAGAGCCAGCAACUUCAAAUAUGUUCUAUCUCAAUGGAGAAACCAUUACUCUACAUAAUUCUGCCUCUUUGAAUAAAGCUGUCAGUGAUGAAUAUCUUAUUCAUCUGUCAUGCUUUGAUGGAACAGAUUAUGGAAUAAGUAAUGUCACAUUUAUGAUUAGAAGAAAUAUUACAGAGGAAGGACUUCCAGAAGUGUACUACUAUACAAACACUACAGAAUGGCUGGAACUCUCAUUGUCUUGUGUAGAGGAAAAUGAAGCCUAUGAGACAUACCCGGGAUACAGUCCACCUACAGAUCCAUACAUUGUUAUUGAUUCUGUACAUUAUAUGUUUUAUAACCAUGAAUGUAACCAUAGUGAUGCUCAUGGAGUCCAAGAUAAAUGUGACAAUAGGACACAGUGUGCAUUUAAUGUAACCAAUUCAAACAUUCAAAGUUCCUGUGGCACUGGGGACAGUGGUAUUGCUGGUUUAUAUACCAUUCACCACUGUAUUAAGGAUGGUGGUUGGACUACCUGGGGUGAAUGGGGUGAAUGUGAUAGGACGUGCAGUGGAGGAUGGAGACGUAGAGAAAGGAACUUCACAAAUCCAACACCGAAUUAUCACAGUAAAAGAGAAGUGUAUGAAGAUGACAUCCAUUAUGACAUGCAGAGAUGUAACUUACAAGACUGUCCAUAUUCUGGUGAUACCUGUAGGUUAUUUAACUUUGAACCUGUAUGUAACAGCUACGAUACCAAGGGAUACGUGACAAUAUUACAUGCUAACUAUACCUAUGGUUGUGCCUGGAACUAUAACACCAAGGAUGUGUGGCAUGAUGUUACAUCAAUCUUCCAAGGUUACUGUAAUGACCACUAUGAUUGUGUUGAGAUGGUCAGUGAUGAUAACAUUGUAUUCUGUAGCACAGACUAUGCCCAUGAAUCUUAUCAUAACUUUACUGAUACCUACAUGUGUGGUGAGACAGGAUGGACAGAAUGUGAACGUACUAAUACCUCAGUGAUGAACCAUCGAUACCUGUCAUACUGUGGUAUUGUUUAUUGGGAGUACAACUGUACAAGUGAGUAAUGAAUACCUCAGUGAUGAACCAUCAAUACCUGUCAUACUGUGGUAUUGUUUAUUGGGAGUACAACUGUACAAGUAAGUAAGGAAUACCUCAUUGAUGAAC